ACAGGGGCCGAGAGUCAACCCAGCAAUGAGCAAACCCCAGGAAGUAUAACAGCCGUACCAGUCACCAAUCAACAGGUAGCAUAAUGCGAGGAGAGAGGGCAAUUGCCGACCGAUCACGAAGCCUGAUUGCAGGCACCUCCUGAUUGAGAACCUGGCCAAGGCCUUUAUCAGCAUCGAAUACGAGGAAAGUGGGUAGUCCAAUUUGACAGCGUUACGACACCAUCAAGUAUAAAUCCAAGUGUAGCCUCUAUCUCUGAUUUUGAAGAUGAAGCGCGUCAGACACUCACCCAAUCACCAAUAUGAAGGCUCAUCUGGUAUCUCCCAUCUUCGCAGGCAUCGCCGCGGCCAGCAUCACACCACCCACGGGACGUGGUUGUCUGGUCGUCGAUGAUGGAGCACCCCUGGCACCAAAAGUGAGCCUUCUCAGUGUCCCAAGCGUUCCCGAGAACAUUACCGUGGACGUCAACUUUCAUCUCUCCAGCACGCCGGAGCACGAGAACCUCAUCACCAGCGAGAUCGCCAACGCUCAGUGGAAUGUUUUACAACAGGCUUUUGCCAAAUAUGACAUCCACCUCCGGCUGAACUCUACGACUCGCGUCGUCGACGACAUCGCGGGGCGAUCAUUCCUGCGCUAUGAAGGCCCAGAGCUUGGGUGGGUUAACUACGAUGAGGAGCGCAAGGCGUUCUUCAAAAACUCGCGCCUCGGUGGCUACGACGCCCUCAACAUUCAUUUCUUUAGUGACUACUCCCCCGGUGCAACGGGCUACUGUACAUUCCCGACGGUGAUUGAUGGCAGUGAUGACUUUGCAUUUGGCCAAGAUGCUUGCCAGCUCAGCGCGAUGACUAUGCCGGGUAUCACCGCGGAACAAGGCGCCUUUGAGGCAUGGAACUUGGGCCAUCUGGCGGUUCACGAGGCCGGACAUUGGUUUGGUCUCAAUCACACUUUUGCUGGAGGGUGCUCGGAGCCUGGUGACUUUGUGGCUGAUACGCCGGCGCAGCAGACUCAAAUCUAUGGCUGUCCAGUGGGCUCCGACAGCUGUCCAGAUAGUAUUGGUCUGGAUCCCAUCCACAACUACAUGGGAUACACGGAUGACAACUGCACAAGCGAGUUCACUGAGGGACAAAGGGAGCGUAUGCUCACUACAUUCGAAGCGUAUAGGGCCGGCGCAUAGCGUUUGUAUUGAACAGCGUCUGCAGGAUUAAUGUCAACAUUCUGAAUGUCAACUCGUUUUUCCGAUUUGGUCUCGCAACCGAUGCAGUAUGUGUGAUGGUUGGACGCGUUAAGGAGCAAAAGCGAGCCAGCAUCGAGGCAUGUUCGAUCAACGCACUCUGUACCACUCGAGGGGCUUUGACUCGGCGUGGCCAAUUUUUCCAGGGUCAUUGAUCUAUUUCAAAGCUCAUGAAGGGAGAGAACAAUAGCAACAGCCCCUACCGCAUGUGCAGCAACGACUGCAUCAACAGAAGAUUCCAGAUUGGCCCAUGCCAGAGUCGUAGCACUGGCAAAUCAGCAUGAAUCCCACUUCAGGGGUCUGCAGCCAACAGGAACAGGAAUCCAUUGAUGCCAUUCUACCUUAAU